CCAAACUGGCGAAGCCUCUUGAAUUGUUAGCAAGUGGUGUGAUUACGAAGUGGGCAAUUCAUUGCCUGCAUCCAUUGAUCGUUGCAGCAGCGCUUACCGAUUAGUGGCGAACCUUGAGACGUCUGCGUGUGUGUUUGUGUCACUUUGGCCGUGGCCAUGUCCACUUGUCUGUUCCUGGAGUUUGUUCUUGUUCUAUGAUGCCAAUUUUUCCUGUUUCUUCUAUUUUCUUAGCUUCAUUGUGUAUUCGGGGACGAGGAUUCAUGAUGGGCAUUUCAUCAACUGAUUCCGCGUGUCAGGACUUCUGAUUUUAAUGAUUAAUUUCCAGGAGAUUCUUGAUAGAGAGUGUUAAAGUGCUUAUCAUUGAUUUUCAUGAACGCGCUUUGCGACGAAUUGGUUGAGAGAUCGGUGCGCUGAGGGAGUGUCGAAGAUUUCCAAAAAGUAAUUAAUUAUAAAAGUACCACGGUUCCUAUUAGAGAGUUACAUCUACUACUUUGCUAGUUCGUAACCUGCCGGAGCAUUUGGUACUCGAUGUUGGAUGUAUCGGCAGUUCUCCCGGGAUACAGUUAUAUGUUCGUUGCGCCGGGGGUUUUGGCGAUGUCAACGCACAGAAAUAGGCUAAUCUUUGCCGAAACGUGGUGAAAAUCAUGUUCGACAAACUGCUGUCAUCAUACUUGCAAGCUGGUAACAUUACCGCAAGCAAUCACGUGAACUUCUUUAAAUUUUAAAAUCCGUUCAGGAUUUUGAAACGCCUCCAGCUUAUGUGGGACAUUGUUGAGCCUUUGAGAUUAGUCAAUCAUGUUUAAUCUUCAACAGUAGAUUAGGAAAGCUGGCCAUAGAUUUUGGAUUCGUCGAGCAGCAAACUGACAACCUUAUGAAACGAACACAAGGUUUAUGAAUCAUGAGCUGCUUAGGAAUUAAUUUGACGAGACGGGCGAAGAAGUGCGACGAUGGGGACAAUCAGGGACAGGGAAUUGAUUCGGACCGGCAGGAAAAUUCGAGGUUUGGGGUGAGGAAGGGCGCAGGAGGGUCCAAUCAUAGACACGGCUUUGAGUCGGACCCGGAGGUAGUUUCAAGGUUAAAACCAUCAAGCAUAGGAGAAAGGGAUCAUGAGUCGGGGUGUUCAUCCCAUCCUGGCUACUCUCGACCCACCGGGGAACACCCAGCAGACUUAGUUGAAAGAAAAUCCCACGAACUGAGAGCGUUCACUGUUUCAGAGCUUAGGUCGGCGACCAAGAAUUUUUCACCGAACAACAAAAUAGGGGAAGGCGGCUUCGGUUCUGUCUACAAAGGAGUCAUCAAACAUAAAUCCAAGUUUCAAGACGUCGAAGUGAAAAUCGAGGUUGCUAUUAAGAAGCUCAACACUUACGGGCUUCAGGGACACCAUGAAUGGAUAACCGAGGUUCAUUUUCUGGGAAUAGUAGACAAUCCCUACGUGGUGAAGCUGAUUGGAUACUGCGCAGAUGAUGAGGGGAGGAGGUUGCAGCGGUUACUUGUGUACGAGUAUAUGCCAAACAAGGGUCUUGAUGACCAUCUCUUCCGCACCUCCCCUACAGUUCUAUCAUGGCAAACGAGAGUGAAAAUUGCCCUCGGAGCUGCGAAAGGACUUGCCUAUUUGCAUGAAGACAAGGAGGUAAUAUUUCGAGAUUUUAAGGCCGCAAAUGUGUUGCUGGAUGACGAAUUUAAUCCAAAACUCUCCGACUUUGGCCUUGCUAGACAAGGACCAGAAGCGAACAAGUCCCAUGUCACCACUGCGGUGAAGGGAACUUACGGAUAUGCAGCUCCAGAGUAUAUGCACACGGGCCACUUGACAUUCAAGAGUGACGUAUUCAGUUUCGGAAUGGUGUUGCUAGAGAUUCUGACAGGCCGGAAGGCCAUGGAGAACAAUGCGCCAAAGAAGGAGCAGAGACUCUUGGAGUGGGUGAAGCCCUUCAUUCGGGACACACGAAAGUUUCACCUCGCAAUGGACACACGUUUAGAACAACGGUAUCCACCCAAAGGAGCUAUGAAAUUUGCAUCGACUGCCAUCCAGUGUCUUAUGAAGCAACCCAAGGAAAGACCGAAGAUGACCGACGUGGUCGAGGGACUGAAAAAGGUCAUGGAAAUGACAUACGCGUGGGAGACACCCGCGCUUUCGGUACCAACAACUCCCCACUCUCAUCACGCUGCUGCCACAACCACGGAUGAUGUCGGCAAUCCAUUAUCACCGUACCGAAGUGCUGAGAGCAGCAUCAACACCGACGUUGCACCUCCGCAGCCAAAAUCACCUCGCCCGAGCACCACAAGGUCAAGAUCCCCGCUACCAUCUCCAAGGCACAGAGCAGCUUUUGCAACACCCCUGCCUCCUCCUCCUCCUCCUCCUCCUCCUCCCAGUGCAACUGCAACUGCAACGACGAAGCACUCUCAUGAAGGGUCGAAAUCUCCACAUUACCUCCCAAAAGUGCAACGAACGCUCAUCGCCAGAGAUUCUGAUCCAUCAGCAGCAGCCAUGGAAACUCGGCAGGCAAGACAAAUAUCCACCACCGCAAAUGCACCCACUAGUGAUGUGGAAUCCAGCAGCAAUGUGAGGAGUGGCCGCACAGUUGGCCACAACCCGAGACUCAAUUUCGGGAAUCCAAAUGAGGUUAGAAUACCAGUCUAGAUAGCUUCCUCAACGUCAAUUUUUUUCCUGUUUUUUUGUUAUCUAAAGUAUUGAGGGAUAUCAUUUAUUCAUCGUUGGAUGCACACACUCACCCACAUUCUUACCAUCUUCCUACUACCCAAUAAGUGUAUCCCAGCUUUACCAUCUAUAAAAAAUUGUUGUGCCAAAUUUGUAUGCUAGCAUACAUGUUGAAGCAUUGCAAUUUUUGCCAUUUGAUGCA